GGUUCGAAGAGGUUGUUGGCCUGGUGUUUAAUUACGUUACUCCAUCUUAAAUGCUAUGAUCCACUGAUCGAUCAGUUCAUGUACAGGUGGUGACCCCCAACAUGUUUAAUAUGCGAGUUUUUGAAACAUCUGGUCAUGCUGGGAAAUACAAGGAGAACAUGUUCAUUCUUGAGAUUGAAAAUCAAAAAUUUGCAUUGAAACCGAUGAAUUGCCCUGGCCACUGCUUGAUGUUUAAACAUAGAGUCCGUUCAUACAAAGAACUUCCUCUUAGAUUUGCUGAAUUUGGUGUCUUGCAUCGUAAAGAGGCUAGUGAUGCUCUUACUGGAUUGACAAGGGUCAGGAGAUUUCAGCAGGAUGGCGCUCAUAUCUUUUGCAGGGAGUCACAGAUAAAAGACGAAGUUAGGGCAUUCUUAGAGUUUGUCAGAGAUGUAUAUGGAGUAUUUGGGCUCACUUUUGACCUCAACUUGUCUACAAGACCUGAGAAUUACAUAGGAGAUGAAAGAACAUGGGAGAAAGCUGAGUCUGCCCUUACUGAAGCUUUGAAUGAGUUUGGGAAGCGGUGGCAGAAAGAUGAAGGGGAGGGUGCAUUUUAUGGACCAAAGAUAGACAUCAGUGUUUCUGAUGCCUUUAAUAGGAAAUUUCAGUGUGCUACAUUGCAGUUGGAUUUCCAGCUUCCUGUUCGGUUCGGGUUGUCUUACACAGCAGAAGAUGAAAGCAAGUCUGAGACUCCUGUUAUGAUACACCGAGCUGUCCUUGGUUCUGUUGAGCGCAUGUUUGCCAUACUAUUGGAGCAUUACCAGGGGAAAUGGCCCUUCUGGCUUAGUCCACGCCAAGCAAUCGUUUUCCCUGUGUCGGAGAAGUCUCGAUCUUAUUCUCUGAAGGUGCGGGAUCAAAUUCAUGAUGCUGGUCAUUAUGUUGAUUUUGAUGAAACUGAUAGAAAGAUUCAGGAAAAGGUAAGUGAAGCUCGAUUGGCGCAAUACAAUUACAUACUUGUCGUUGGCGAGGAGGCUGCAGGCACUGGACAGGUUACUGUUCACGCGAGAGACGAAGCUGACAAAAUUGUCAUGACCGUUGCGGAUCUGCUCAAAGUUUUCAAAGAGAAAUUUGCGGCUUUUCAUUGAGGGAUAUGAAUAUAAAAUAUGAACCAAGCCUUGGAAUCCAUGGAGAAUGCUUUUGCAAACUCUUCUAGCCCUCAUCACUUUGCAUUUCUAUUGAUGUAGUUAAUAUUUGAUGUGCGUACCAUAUUUUGUCUACAAAUGUUGUUUUAUCAUCUGUACGUUGUUUUGCAAGAAAGAGUUUUUGAAAAUCAAAUUACAACCAAUUCA